AUGGAUCAAGUCCAGGGCAAGAAACUCCAGGCAGACGCCUCUGCGCUGAUCGAGACCUACUGCCAGCCUUGUUCCCAAGAUGGAGAAACCCUUUCAGUCGAAGCCUUCUGUGCCGUCUGCAAGGAGUUUAUGUGCUCCAACUGCACAAGUGUACACAAGAAACAAAGAAUGACAAAGUCCCAUACACUUUUUGAAAAAAGCAACAUGCCUACUACCUUGCAAGAUUUUCCUUUCAAAGAAGAGAGCACACAACCUUGUGACAUCCACCCUGAAGAAUAUAUCAAAUACUUCUGUCCGACCCACCAGACACUUAACUGCGGACAUUGUUCAGUUCUUUAUCAUCAAUCUUGUAAACAGCAGAUCAUUUCGGAAAUCGCAAAAGCCUUCAAAGAGGGCCAGGGUUAUGAAGCAAUCAAACAAGUUAUUAUUAAAUUACUGAAUGAUACUGAUGCCUGUGCGUCUGAAGUUAACGUAAACAUUAAGCUAGUAGGAGACCUUGGAGUACAUGAAAUUGCUAAGAUAAGGAAGUAUCGAGAUCAGAUCAACAAAUACUUUGAAGAACGUGAAAACGCACUGCUGAAGAACAUUACCCAGAUGCAAAACAUGGAUGAAACCCUCCUCGAGUCUCUGAAAUUAGAAUGUGGCACACUUAAGACCGAGGUCAAUGACAUCAAAGUAAAACUACAAGCCCAAGAGAACAACACUUGUCAGUUGUUUGUUGAGGUUGAAAAAGCCAGGAUAGUGCUGAAGAGACUGCAAUCAACUCUUGCCGAGAUUAACAUGAGAAAUGCCAUUCACCAGCAUGAGUUUAGGAAGGACUUCGCCACUGAGAACUUGCUGGGUUCCAUGGCUGGCCUGGGCACUAUUGAAAUGACUUCUGAAAAUGCUCUAGACAAGAGACGUGAGCGUGCAAGUUCCACAACAAAAGACAAAGGCAAUAGGAAUAAAACAAGUACAGCUAAUGCUGAUACCAGCAUACAGGCAGUUGUCGACAUCCAGGCUGCCGAAACAAACAAGAAUUUUUCGGCCAAUGCAGAAACAGAUCCACUUUUGAAUCCUAGUGGAUCGCAAACAUCUGCAAAACCAAAACAAAAAAAGCAGACCAUAGCCAGCACUGACCUGACCAGCCUGAAGUAUAACCCAGCCAAAGACAUACUACUAAGUACUCAAUUUUACACCAGAAACUGCCGCCCGUCCGAUAUGCUCCUCCUACCUGGAGACAGGCUGCUACUGGCUGAAAGUAUCACAAAUACAGUGGAGCUUGUAGAUAUCAACACAAGCAACCUUGUGGCCAAGGUAAGUCUGUCAACAGGGAUAUGGGGCAUGUGUCUCCUCCCUAGGGACAGGGUAGCUGUAAGUUUGACUGAUAGUAUUCAGUUCCUAGAGACACGGGGGCAGCUCUCCUUCGGAAAGAGCAUCGCAGUGGAUGGUGAUUGUUAUGGCGUUGGUUACGAUAACAACAGCUUAAUUGUUUCAUACAAAAGCGGGAGGGUGGAGAAGAUAGAUAUGGAAGGAAGAGUGUUGAAGAAAGUAUCAAAAGGUUGGUUUUCCAACAGCCCGUUUAAGAAACCUUACUACCUGGAAGUUGUCAGUGAAGGCCCAACAAAGGCUAUUUAUGUGUCGGACUGUGAGAAGAACACAAUCACUAAGAUGGACAUUAAUCUGAACAUUCUCCAGACAUUCCAGGACCCAGCACUGAGAGAACCAACAGGCAUCACCGCAGUGGGAAACCAGCUGCUUAUCUGUGGUUUAAAGAGUAACAAUAUAAUGUGCCUGGAUCUGCCCAGUGGCCGGAUGACCCAGCUUCUGGGCGAGAAGGAAGGGAUAGCGUUGCCACGCAACGUCUGCUAUAAUCAGCCGCAGAACAAGUUGUACGUUACCGUCUAUUUAGAAAACGGGGAUGUAGACAGUUAUGUAAAGGUGUAUAAGGCAACAGGUCAGAAAACAAUGAGGAGUAUGUUCGUGUAA